AUGAACAUAUCGAUUUGGCCGCCGUUCCGAUUGCUCUUUUUCGUCGGAAUCUCUGCCGGAUUCUACAAUUUCACUGUGGACAUUGACAUGAAAUACAAUACUCCGGGCAUUCACACGUUUUGCUACUUUCUGGAGAUUUUCCAAAGUGAUCCCAUGUCGGUUGAAUUCUUUGUUCAUUUUAGGAACGCACAUUUCUAAACGUUUUCAGCUACGAGCAACGCCUCCGAAAAUACGACAAAUGCGCCGAAACGACGGCGGACCUUUCGUAUCCGACUUUCCCGAAUCUGAACUCAUUUCGGCCCAAACUCAAACCCCUUCGUCGUUAUGGCAUUGGCGAUCCGGUACGCGCUUCUUUUUCGACAUAUCAUUGUUCAUAUUUUCUUUUGCAGUACUCAUUCUCGCUGCACAUUCAAUUGACUCACAAUGCGACGAGAAACGACGAAAUUCGAUGCGUUCGUGAUCAGGCGGAGUGGCGAACGGAGACGAUGGAGUGAGUUCUUUUCUUCUCCGUUCUUUUGAGUUCUCUCGUGUGAAUGAAUGUCUCGACGAUUUUCCGAAUAAAUGCUCCCACGAGCGCUCGCAAUAAUGGGGCUAUUCAGGGGAUGAAAAAAUGAUUGUUUUCCGUUUUUUUCCCUAUUCAGCGAUGUCAAAAAAUGGAAAAAAAACGAAAAGAAAUGCAUCGCUCGCAGCGUUUUUUUUCCGGCGGGUCUCGCAGCGAUUUCCCGAACGCGAAGCAUGCGGCUACUGUGAGAGACGUUUUAUGAGUGGAUUUACGAGAACGGGCAAUUUUUUUUUCUAAUUUUUCAGCGAAAUUGCCACGUUUUCCCGCUAUUUUCAACCGAUUUUCAACGGAAUUUCAGUUCUUAUUCAUCUGUUAUGGUAACUGAUGCGAAAUUGCCACGUUUACCGCUAUUUCCGACCGACUUUGCUUGAAUUCUUUUUUAUUUAUUUAUAGUUUUGAGUGCCUCGUCAUAUAGUUCAAAACAUUGAGCUUUUCGGUGAAAAUCGGUUCAAAAUAGCGUGAAAACGUGGCAAUUUCGCUGAAAAAUUAGAAAAAAAAAUUGCCCGUUCUCGUAAAUCCACUCAUAAAACGUCUCUCACAGUAGCCGCAUGCUUCACGUCCGGGAAAUCGCUGCGAGACCCGCCGGAAAAAAACGCUGCGAGCGAUGCAUUUCUUUCCGUUUUUUUUCCAUUUUUUGACAUCGCUGAAUAGGGAAAAAAACGGAAAACAAUCAUUUUUUUUCAUCCCCCUGAAUAGCCCCAUUAUGGGGUUAUUCAGGCUGUGAAAAAAAUGAUUGUUUUCCGAUUUUUUCGUUUUUUUACGUCAAAAAAUCCAAUUCAGCGAUGUAAAAAAACGAAAAUAACGGAAAACAAACAUACGCUGAAUAGCCCCAUAACGGAAAUCAUCCGGGGGAUGCGAGAAAAACACAAAAAAAACCAUCAAUAGUUUGCAGUCGGGCGGUGUAUUUCUCGGGAAAUCUGCUCAAUUUCAAAGCGAGCAACACGAGCACCGAUGCUCCGGGAGCCUGUAGUGCCAGGUGGAUCGGAAGCGAACUCUGGAAGGCGCACAGCCAGGGAGGACACAAAAAAACGGAAACUACCGACAAAAUCGUGAAUGCGGAGGAGAACGACGGAAAAACGACGAGUUCUACGAAAGAAACGACGACGAGGGACGAGUAUAAUGAAGUGGAACUGAUUGAGAUGAAUUAUGAAUAG